AGACGGCGAGGUUCUGGACGAGAGAAUAGCGUUUAUUUUCCCUCCGUUUUUAUUUGUGUUGAAAAGGCAAAGUCCUAGGCAAAACCGGCAGCAUGAAAUACAUUGUAGGCAUCGGAGGUGUGACCAAUGGUGGGAAAACCACGGUGACGAACAGACUUGUCAAAACAUUGCCCAACUGUUCCGUGGUGCAUCAAGACAGCUUUUUCAAGCCUCCAGAUCAGAUAGAAGUUGGUGAGGAUGGCUUUAAACAAUGGGAUGUGAUCACAUCCCUUGACAUGGAAGCCAUGAUGAACACUAUCCGUGCAUGGAUGGAGAACCCAGUCAAGUUUGCCCGUUCUCAUGGAGUUAAUGUAUUGCCAACAGCAGAGGAGCCUGAUUCAGAGAAUGAGGUCCACAUAUUGAUAGUGGAAGGCUUUCUGCUGUACAACUACAGGCCCUUGUUAGAGGUGUAUGACAAAUGUUUUUACAUUUCCAUUCCAUAUGAAGAGUGCAAAAUGAGGAGAAGUACAAGGCAAUACACUGUUCCCGACCCCCCUGGUCUGUUUGACGGGCACGUCUGGCCCAUGUACCUCAAACACAGGAGAGAGAUGGAAGAAUAUUGCAUGAAUGUCGAAUAUCUUGAUGGCUUGAAAUCAAGAGAGGAGCUCUACAACCAGGUGUAUGAAAACAUCCAGAACACGUUGUUCAAUCAUUUAUAGCAGGGCCUGUGGAGCUCGUGAAGACCUGUGUACAGAUAAUUGUAAAUAGAGGAAGACAGGAUAGAAUUAAUAACUUAGUUUCUUCAAUGGCAAAUAUACAUUUUUAAUCUUGAUGUAAAUAGUUGGUAGAAACAAUAACUUAUAUUAAACUGCCCUUGGAUUGUGGCAGGAUUUAUUUUUGGUAUUUUGUAUUGAUGAAUCAAAUGCUUGAAAGUGACAAGAAUAUAAACUUAUUUUUUUAAAACAAUUUAACUUCAACAGUGAGAGUUUCCAAAAAGUGCCAAGUUAACAGUGCACAAUUAUUUGUGUUCAGUGUUUCAGUAACUUGCAAUUUUAUCUUGUAUCUUUUUAAAUGGCUUGUGGUUUGUUUUGUGUGUUUUUUUUAUUUAUUUUAAAUGUCAACUAUCUCUAACAGUGGGUUUGUCACACCAUCACCUAAAACUGAAUUCCAGACCUUGUCUUGUGUCUUUAUUUACUCCACAUCCAUACAUCCACAUUUCCUAACACAAUACAUGGAAUCUGGAGCAACAUUUGCAGGGUGUUCCUCUAACCCAGAAAGCAUGGCAAUAUGAGCGUUCCUACAAAGUGACGUGCUUCUGGGUAAAGUUUACACACCCACCCACCCUCCAAUCCUCCAAUUUGGUCUUUCUUAAAAAGUACAAAUCAAACUAGCUCCAAUUUGGUGCUUGUAUGCUGUUGCCUAGAUUGGACAGACUCCAGCUUGCUUGUUUAUAGGUUUAGUUAUACUCUUUAGCCUAGACAGUCUUAUGUAAACAGAGCUGUAUUCCUGAUAGUGGUAUUUGGCAACUUGAAUACCUUGGAAGUAUACUAAAAGCUACACAACCCUAACAGCCAUAGCCGGGGAGAUUUUGUGUAUAGCUGGUAUUAGCCCUACCACUGUCAACAGCAAAAUGCAUCACUGAGCAUGUCAUGUAUGUGAACUUUAAAAAAAAAAAAAAAAAAGUUUUUAAAACAACACUAGAUCCAUGCUUUUAGAGUAUUUGUAACCAGAGGUUGGUAGUGAUGAAAAUGCACCCUCCAUUAGGCAAGAUUAUUCUGGUGGCAUCUAUUAUUGGACUGCAGAUUCUUGUUUGGGAACUGAAGUUGUAAUAAAACAAAAAGCAAUCAAAUGAGAGUGGUGUCAUGUCACCUGGUUCUAUAAGGAGGGUUAUAUUUGGCUUUUUAUUGCUGGUUUAUUUAAUCGGUGUUGCAGAUUGGGUACAAAUGUGUCAGUGGCACUUUGCCCAUAAAGAUAACUCCUGAUAUGCACUGAGGUAUGCAUUCAUGUUCCAGCUUUACUGAACACGACGCAUGUGAUUUUUUAAGAGGGUGUUAUCAGUUUGGAUAGAGGAGAUGCUAUUCGUUACAAUCUGUUUUAUUUUUCUGGCAUCCGAAUAUGUUUAUUGAGGAUCCUCUCAAUUGCCUGGGAUAUUGAUAUUUACUGCAACUGUUUCAUAUAAUGCAAAUCUAAAGUGACAUUUUUAA